CGGCUCCUCGCAGCCUCCGUGCACCGCAGCCAUGGCCGACAUGAAGACGGGCAUUUUCGCCAAGAACGUCCAGAAACGAAUCAACCGCGCGCAGGAAAAGGUCCUUCAGAAGCUUGGAAAAGCUGAUGAGACAAAAGACGAACAGUUUGAAGAAUAUGUACAGAACUUCAAACGGCAAGAGGCCGAGGGUACCAGACUUCAGCGGGAACUCCGAGGAUACUUAGCAGCUAUCAAAGGCAUGCAAGAAGCCUCGAUGAAGCUCACCGAGUCACUGCACGAAGUCUAUGAGCCUGAUUGGUAUGGGCGGGAAGAUGUGAAGACGGUUGGUGAGAAAUGUGAUGUGCUAUGGGAAGACUUCCAUCAAAAACUAGUGGAUGGGUCCCUGCUGACACUGGAUACCUAUCUGGGCCAAUUUCCUGACAUAAAGAAUCGCAUCGCCAAGCGCAGCAGGAAGCUGGUUGACUAUGACAGUGCCCGUCACCACCUGGAGGCUUUGCAGAGCUCCAAGAGGAAGGACGAGAGUCGAAUCUCUAAGGCAGAAGAGGAAUUUCAGAAAGCACAGAAAGUGUUUGAAGAGUUUAACGUUGACUUGCAAGAGGAGUUACCAUCGUUAUGGUCAAGACGAGUUGGAUUCUAUGUCAAUACCUUCAAAAAUGUCUCUAGCCUUGAGGCCAAGUUUCAUAAGGAAAUUGCCGUGCUUUGCCACAAACUAUAUGAAGUGAUGACGAAACUGGGCGACCAGCAUGCUGACAAGGCCUUCACCAUUCAAGGUGCUCCCAGUGACUCGGGUCCUCUCCGCAUCGCAAAGACACCAUCACCGCCCGAGGAGCCUUCACCCCUCCCGAGCCCGACAGCCAGUCCCAAUCAUACGCUGGCGCCUGCAUCUCCCGCACCAGCACGGCCUCGGUCACCUUCUCAGACGAGGAAAGGACCACCUGUCCCACCUCUGCCUAAAGUCACCCCGACAAAGGAACUGCAGCAGGAGAACAUCAUCAGUUUCUUUGAGGACAACUUUGUUCCAGAAAUCAGUGUGACGACACCUUCCCAGAAUGAAGUCCCCGAGGUGAAGAAAGAGGAGACUCUGUUGGAUCUGGACUUUGACCCUUUCAAGCCUGAUGUAGCCCCUGCAGGUUCUGCUGGAGUGACCCACUCACCCAUGUCUCAGACAUUGCCCUGGGACUUAUGGACGACAAGCGCUGAUUUGGUCCAGCCGACUGACUCUUCAAAAAGUCUUUCCUUGUGUAACCUGGUCAUGGAGGAAACUCCAGAGAGUGGGUUGGCCGAAGAAAUUCAAAGAUCUCAGGUUGACCUAGGCGCGUUUAUUUGGGGCCCUGAUGCUAGUACAGAGAGAGUCAGCCAGAAAACUACCUCCGGUGGGUCCCAGGAGGACUCUGCAUGUCUCUCUGAAGCAGAGCAAGACAUGGGAUUACCCACCGGGAUGUUUCCUUCUGCUGACGGGCACACUGUAGCCCAACAGGGGGAGCAUGUCCCAGGGCCAGCCCCUCCGUGUGGAGAUGGACAACUGUCCCCAAAGCCCAUGCCUGAGGCUGAAUGUGCCAUUGUUGCUUGCAUGGAGACGGAGCAGCCUUAUGACUUACCUGACUCAGAGAUGCCAGCCAUGGAAACUGGUGGCCUCAUCAACGAAAGUCAAGAAGAUCUUAAAAAGUCAGAAGAAGAGGAAGAGAAACAGAAGACAGAAGAUUCUGUGUGGGCAGGUGUGGAGACAUGUGGAAAGGCUUCUGAUGGUUCAUUUAAUGGAUUCACCCAGCCCCAGGACACUUCCUUAUUUACAAUGCAGACAGACCAGAAUAUAAUCUGCAACUUGGCUGAGUCUGAACAGGCUCCACCAGCAGAGCCGAAAGCAGAGGAGCCCCUUGCCGCUGCACCUGCUGAGGACACCCAGGCUGAGGAGCCAGAGGGGGCAGUGGUGAGCACCACCUCCCUCCACCCACCGCCAGCCACCCCUGCCACAGCCAUGCUCAUCUCAUGA